UCAAAAUUGGAAAUUUGCAACUUUGUUCAUAAUUUUUUUUUUUCCCCUUCAAUUUAGAAGGGAGCGCAGAGUCUGGCGCAUUCAAUUCAAACACACUCCACGUACAUUUCUCUCUCUAUUUAUUACUUCCUCCUCGAAUUUCGUUCAUUACAUGAAUGAAGUUUUUCAUCAAUUUCUAAAGUACCCCUUUUCAUCUUCACCUUCUCUCUCAUUCAAGAUCCUCUUUUCACAUUACCAGAGUUCUAAUUUGGGAAUAACUGAUUCUCAUGUCUACCGUGGGCAACUCGACAAAUAUUUUCUGGCAUGAAUGUGCAGUUGGAAAUAUUGAUAGGCAAAAGUUACUUAAUCAGAAGGGAUGUGUUGUCUGGAUAACUGGUCUCAGUGGAUCAGGAAAAAGCACGCUAGCUUGCUCGUUGGGUAGAGAAUUGCAUUCCAGGGGGAAGCUAUCUUAUGUUCUUGAUGGAGACAAUCUUAGGCAUGGUUUGAACAAGAAUCUUGGCUUUUCUGCUGAGGACCGUACUGAAAACAUACGUAGGGUUGGGGAGGUGGGGAAGCUAUUUGCAGAUGCUGGCUUGAUUUGUAUAGCAAGUCUGAUAUCUCCCUACAGAAAAGAUCGUGAUGCUUGUCGGGCAAUGUUGCCAGUUGGAAAUUUCAUAGAGGUUUUCAUGAACAUGCCCUUGGAAGUUUGUGAAGAAAGAGAUGUCAAAGGCCUGUAUAAACUUGCGCGUGCUGGGAAGAUCAAAGGUUUUACUGGAAUAGAUGAUCCUUAUGAGCCACCAUUGAAUUGUGAGAUAGAAUUGACAUUGGCGGAUGGCAUCUGCCCUUCGCCAAUUGAUAUGGCUGGGCAAGUGGCAUCAUAUUUAGGGGAGAAGGGCUUCUUGCAUUAUGAUUGAUCAGCUUUACUCUGGAACCUUUUCGCUUACGUUCAACCAUAUGCUCUCUGAACCUGGACUGUCUUUGCUUCUGCAAUGCAGCCUUGUUCACAAAGACAAUUCAAGUGUAAUUGUGAUGUUGAAUUUAGCCGAAGUGCUUCCAUUGGUUUAUAUAUGGUCAAAGAUACGAGGAUCGUAUCUAUGUAUAGAAUCUGCAGACGACUCAUUCUUCCUGUUUAAAAGGUAAAAUGUAUGUUUUGAAUCUUUGCUGCUAGGAAUUCUUGGCUCCUUUGUUCAAGCUGUAGUGAAAUUUAUAUAAAGAAUUUCUGGUUUCAUUUUAAAUUUUGGAAUCCAUCCCAUAUUCUGUUGUAUUCCAAGAUUUUCAAAA